UCGGGCUCCUCCCGUUAAAGACGGAGAUGCUGCGGGAAAGGCGGGGCCGCGCGGUGCGGAAGGAGGGCGCAGCCUGGGUCGGGGAAGGGAGGGAGGCUGCACCCCCACCCGGCGCCUCCCCACAGCACGGCCCUCCGCAGUGCUCGGAGCGCACGCGCACGCUCACUCGGGGCGCCAGCGGGCGGGGCGCCUCUGACAUCAUCCGCUGACCCCCACCCCCCCCCCGGCCGAGGGGCGGUGGCCGCGCAGGCUCGGCCUGACGGACACACGGACAGACCGGGCACGGAGGGAAGGGCGCGCGGUCAGGCCAUGCCCGGGGAAGCUGCCCGCGCCGAGUUGCUGCUGCCGGAGGCGGGCGGGCCCGGGCCCCGCACAGAGUCAUCCUGUGAUGUGGCCUCGGCCUCCACCCCUAGAGGGGACCGGCUGGAGCACUGUGCCCUGAGCCCGGGUCCUGGCGGCCUGGCCCUCGAGUUCCUACCCAGCAAGCCGGGUGCCCGGCCCCCGCCGGAGGGAGCCAGCUGGGAUGCGGGGCCGCGCGGCACCCCCUCGGCCUGGGCGGUCCCCGCAGAAGGCAGCCCCAGCCCUGGGCCACCCGAAGCCCGGCCCGCCGGGGGUCCCCCUCCAGCCACCCUGGAGCCCCGGAUCGUGAUGGGCGAGGAGACCCACCGGGUGCCCCCGCCACCCAGGGCAGCCCUGCCAGAGCUCAGGGACCGGGAAGGUGGGCAUCCCAGCCUGAACCCACCCUCCGAGUUGUGUUCUCAGGGUGACCCUCCUGUGCCUUGCCCUGCCCCAGACCCCGACUCCUACUUCACGCCUCCCUCCACCCCCACCGAGACCACCUGUGCCCUGCUCCUCGGCGCGGGGCCCCGCAGGGACGCCCGGGACACCCAGGCUGAGCUGGGGGACUCGCCGCCAGCCUCGCCCUCGGGCUCUUACAUCACAGCGGACGGCGACAGCUGGGCCUCGUCCCCGUCCUGUUCCCUGAGCCUGCUGGUCCCGGCCGAAGGGCUGGACGUCCCCUCAGGCUGGGGCUUCUCCCCGCCGGGGUCUGUGGCAGACGAGCAGGAGCCGUCCCCUGCCGGGCCCCCAGGGCCCCCGUCCCCGGAGUCCAGCAUCUCGGCAGACAGCAGCUCUUCCUGGGGCCAGGAUGGCCACUUCUUCGAGCUGGACUUCCUGGCCAACGACCCAAUGAUCCCCGCCUCCCUCCUGCCUUUCCGGGGCAGCCUCCUCUUCCAGGUGGAGGCCGUGGAGGUGACACCGAGGGCCCCUGAGGAGGAGGAAGAGGAGGAAGAAGAGGAGGAGGAGGAGGAGGACGGCCGGGACUCUGCAGGGGACCCAGCCGGGGAGGGCGAGGAUGACAGCACGUUCGCCUCCUCCCUGCAGUCACUGUCCGACCUCUCCAUCACCGAGGGCAUGGACGAGGCCUUCGCCUUCCGGGACGACACCUCAGCGGCCUCAUCCGACCCCGACUCUGCCUCCUACGCGGGGGCAGACGACGAGAGGCUGUACAGCGGGGAGCCCCAUGCGCAGCCCGCCGCCCUGCUCCAGGACGGCCCUGGGGGGCCGCCCGCUCCUGGGAUCUCUGAGGGAGAGGCCGGCCGGGCCAUGGAGGGCCACGAACCGGGUGCCCAGGAGACAGGGGCGGUCCCUGCUCCUGCCCUGCAGGAAGCCCCAGGCCGCCCCUGGGUGACCUUGCAGGCCUGGGGGGAGGAGGCGGGCUCCGUCCUGGGCCCAGCGCCUGUUGCCACAGACACACUUCAGCCCCUGCAGUUGGAGGACGGCGCUGCCGUAGGCCUGGCCCCUUGCACUGCCCCGGAAGAGGGGGACCUCACACCAAGCCCAGACUCUCCGCAGACCCUGAAGCAAGAAGCAGGCCAGGACCCUGACUCUGUGGCCCCAGCCCGGCCCCCACAGGACACAGGCCUCCCCUUGGGCCAGGGGCCUGCCGCUGCGGCCAGGCUUCAGAAGCUGCACGUACACACCCCAAGGAUCAAGCCUGUGGUCACCGCAGCCCAGCAGGAAGGACAAACAACCUUGGAACCGAGGCCGGCACCUGAGGAGAGGGACACAAGACACGCUGGAGGCCCGGAGCCUUCGGCCUGGAACCAAGCCCAGCUGGAAGGCAUGGAGCCAGCUGCAGACACUGGUACACUCUGGGCCUCAAGGGGAACUGCAGGCACCCCCAAGUCUGCCACAGAGGCUGCACAACCCCCACAGCCUGCCACAAAGACCCCAGAAUGCCCCAAGGUUGCCACGGAAGCCCUGGAGCACCCCAAGACUACCACAGAGGCCCCAGAACACCCUGAGCCUGUCCCAGAGGCCCCAGAACACCCUGAGCCUGUCACUGAGACCCCGGGACACCCUGAGUCUGUCCCAGAGGCCCCAGAACACCCUGAGCCUGCCAUGGAGACCCCAGAACAUCCUGGGCUUGCCACAGAAGCCCCAGAACAUCCUGGGUCUGUCAUGGAGACCCCAGAACACCCUGAGUCUGUCACUGAGACCCCACGACACCCUGAGUCUGUCACAGAGGCCCCAGGACACUCUGAGCCUGCCACAGAGGCCCCAGAACAUCCUGGGUCUGCCACGGAGACCUCAGAACACCCUGAGUCUGUUACUGAGACCCCACGACAACCUGAGCCUGUAACAGAGGCCCCAGAACACCCUGAGCCUGCCACAGAGACCCCAGAACAGCCUGGUUCUGCCACAGAGACCCCAGAACACCCUGAGGCUGUCACAGAGGCCCCAGAACAGCCUGAGCCUGCCACAGAGGCCCAGGAACAUCCUGGGUCUGCCAUGGAGACCCCAGAACACCCUGAGUCUGUCACUGAGACCCCAGAACACCCUGAGCCUGUCCCAGAGGCCCCAGAACAUCCUGGAUCUGUCAUGGAGACCCCAGAACACCCUGAGUCUGUCACUGAGACCCCAGGACACCCUGAGUCUGUCCCAGAGGCCCCAGAACACCCUGAGCCUACCAUGGAGACCCCAGAACAUCCUGGGCCUGCCACAGAGGCCCCAGAACAUCCUGGGCCUGCCACAGAAGCCCCAGAACAUCCUGGGUCUGUCACAGAGACCCCAGAACACCCUGAGUCUGUCACUGAGACCCCAGGACACCCUGAGUCUGUCACGGAGGCCCCAGAACAUCCUGGGCCUGUCACCGAGACCCCAGGACACCCUGAGUCUGUCACAGAGGCUCCGGGACAUCCUGGGCCCAUCACCGAGACCCCAGAACACUCUGAGCCUGUCACAGAGGCUCUGGAACAUUCUGAGCCUGUCAUAGAGGCCCCAGAACGCUCCGAGCUUGCAACAGAAGCCCCAGAACACUCUGAGCCUGUCACAGAGGCUCCAGAACACCCUGAGCCUGUCACAGAGACCCCAGAACAUGCUGGGCCUGUCACCGAGAGCCCAGACCACUCUGAGCCUGUCACAGAUCCCCUGGAACAUUCUGAGCCUGUCACAGAGAUCCUGGAACAUCCUGGGCCUGCCAUGGAGGCCCCAGAAUACCCUGAGGCUGUCACAGAGGCCCUGGAACAUCCUGGGCCUGUCACCAAGACCCCAGAACACUCUGAGCCUGUCACAGAGGCCCUGGAACAUUCUGAGCCUGCCACAGAGGCUCUAGAACUUCCUGAACCUGCUAUGGAGGCCCUGGAGCACCCCAAGACUACCACAGAGGCCCCAGAACACCCUGAGUCCAUCCCAGAGACCCCGGAACAUCCUGGGCCUGCCACAGAGGCCCUAGAACAUUCUAAGCCUGCCACGGAGACCACAGAAUGCCCUGAGGCUGCAACUGAGACCCAGGAACAGCCUGAGCCUGCCACGGAGACCCUGGAACACCCUGAGCCUGCCACGGAGGCCCCAGAACACCCAGAGCCUGCCAGGGAGGCCCCAGAACACCCAGAGCCUGCCAGGGAGGCCCCAGAACACUCAGAGCCUGCUAUGGAGGCUCUGGAGCACCCUAAGACUACCACAGAGGCCCCAGAACACCCUGAGUUCAUCCCAGAGACCCCGGACCAUCCUGGGCCUGCCACGGAGGCCCCAGAAUACCCAGAGCCUACCACAAAGGCCCUGGAACAUUCUGAGCUUACCACAGAGACCACAGAAUGCCCUGAGGCUGCAACUGAGACCCGGGAACAGCCUGAGCUUGCCAUGGAGGCCCCGGAACAGCCUGAGUCUCGCACGGAGGCCCCAGAACAGCCUGAGACUGGCACGGAGGACCCGGAACAGCCUGAGCCUGCCACGGAGGACCCGGAACACACUGAGCCUGCCACAGAGGCCCCAGAACACCCUGAGCCUGCCAAGGAGGCCCUGAAACACCCAGAGCCUGCCACGGAGGCAUCGGAACACCCUGAGCCUGCCAAGGAGGCCCCGAAACACCCAGAGCCUGCUACGGAGGCCCCGGAACACCCUGAGCCUGCCACGGAGGCCCCGGAACACCCUGAGCCUGCCAAGGAGGCCCCAGAACACCCAGAGCCUGUCACGGAGGCCCCGGAACACGCUGAGCCUGCCAUGGAGGCAUCGGAACACCCUGAGCCUGCCACGGAGGCCCUGAAACACCCAGAGCCUGCCAAGGAGGCCCCGGAACACCCAGAGCCUGCCACGGAGGCCCUAGAACACCCUGAGCCUGCCGAGGCCCCGGAACACCCAGAGCCUGCCACAGAGGCCCCGGAACACCCUGAGCCUGCCACGGAGGCCCCGGAACACCCUGAGCCUGCCACGGAGGCCCCGGAACACGCUGAGCCUGCCACGGAGGCCCCAGAACACCCUGAGCCUGCCACGGAGGCCCCGGAACACGCUGAGCCUGCCACGGAGGCCCCGGAACACCCUGAGCCUGCCACGGAGGCCCCGGAACACCCAGAGCCUGCCACGGAGGCCCCGGAACACCCAGAGCCUGCCACGGAGGCCCCGGAACACCCUGAGCCUGCCACGGAGGCCCCGGAACACCCUGAGCCUGUCACAGAGGCCCCGGAACAUCCAGAGCCUGCCACAGAGGCCCCGGAACACCCAGAGCCUGCCACGGAGGCCCUGGAACACCCAGAGCCUGCCACGGAGGCUCUGGAACAUUCUGAGCCUGCCACGGAGGUCCUGGAACUCCCUUGGCCUAUUGUAGCAGCCCCAGAACCUCCAGAACCUGCCAGAGAGGCCCUAGAACGCCCUGAGCCUGCCGGGGAGGCCAUGGCCCCACCCACUCCUGUCUCUGCUGGAGAGGAAGCAGUGGCGGUCCUGUUGGCACCUGAGCAGGGAACCCAUCCCGGGGCCCGUGUGCGCACCGGCCACACAGCUGGGCCCUGCUCAGCCCCGAAGGAGGCCCUAGGGGGUGAGAAUUGCCGGGCUGGGGGCCUUGAGCCAACACCCCAGGGGGCCAGGAGGGCACUUCCUGCUGCUCACCCUGAGGUAGGCCAAAGAGCAAACCAGGGGCUCGGGUUUCCCCUUGCUGUGACCUCGGAGGCCGGGCCGGGCUCCCGUGCAGAGUCCCCACUGAGGUCCGCACCCAGGCCAGGCAGGGGCUGCCCCAAAGAGCCUACCCCACACGCACCAGCACCCUGUCUGCAGCGGGAGCCCGUGCCGGGCCCGGGAAGUGGAACGUGGGCGCAGGUGGCACCAGGAGCCCCCAGCUCAUCCCCAGCACAGUCCCUGGAGAGCCCUGCCAGAGGCCCGCCCAGCAUGCCCCAGGACAGGGUCCUCGGCCCCGAGCCCUCUGCUCCCCGUGUCCCCACAGAGGCACUCCUUGCUCCCUGCCCUUGCCAGGGCCCCAGGGAAGACUCAGUGGAGGGCAAGGAGCCCUCGGGCUCUCCGGGCCUCCAGCCACCACGGGCAGGAGCCCAGCGGGCGGCAGCUGCCUUCUCAGGAACCACAAAGCCUCCAGGGGCCGGGCAUCGUGUAGGCCUCCCGCCCCACUCCCCCCUCCUCAGCCCCAAAACGGCCCCUGUGGGGGACACCCAUGCCAAAGACCAGGCCUGGAGGCUCUCGCCCCCCCGCCAAGUGCCUCCUGGCCCUCGAGGGCUCCCAGCCGCUGAGCAGCAGGAUGACCAGGACAGCCUGGAGGAAGACUCGCCACCCAGGGCCCCGGGAUCCGGCCAGGGAUCGGCCCAGCACUCCGACAGCCAUGGGGAGUCGUCGGCAGAACCAGAGGAGCAGGAACUGUCGGGAGCGCAGGGCGCACAGUGCCCGGCUCAGGCCCCGGCCAGUGGUGGCAGUGAGGAGACCGUCGCCAAAGCCAAGCAGAGUCGCAGUGAGAAGAAGGCCCGAAAGGCGAUGUCCAAGCUGGGCCUGCGGCAAAUCCAGGGGGUCACCAGGAUCACCAUCCAGAAGUCCAAGAACAUCCUCUUUGUCAUCGCCAAGCCUGACGUCUUCAAGAGCCCGGCCUCGGACACCUACGUGGUCUUCGGGGAAGCCAAGAUCGAGGACCUGUCCCAGCAGGUGCACAGAGCCGCCGCCGAGAAGUUCAAAGUGCCCACGGAGCCUUCCGCCCUGGUUCCCGAGUCCACGCCGGGGCCGCUAGUGAGGCCCGAGUGUGAGGAGGAGGAGGAGGAGGAAGAGGAGGAGGAGGUGGACGAGGCAGGGCUGGAGCUCCGGGACAUCGAGCUGGUGAUGGCGCAGGCCAACGUGUCGAGGGCCAGGGCCGUGCGGGCCCUGAGGGACAACCAGAGUGACAUCGUCAACGCCAUCAUGGAGCUCACCAUGUAGCCGCCGACCGCCACCCGCCCGCCACGGAUCCAUCCCCACCCCCAGCUGUGCUGCUCAAUAAAUGGGUGUCUCCUCAGA